AUGAGCCGGUCAAGGCAUGUGGGCAAGAUCCAGAAACGCCUGGACGAUGUCAAGAACCAGUGGGUCCGGCCAGCCAGAGCUGACUUCAGCGACAACGAGAGUGCCCGGCUGGCCACAGAUGCCCUCUUGGACGGGGGUCCUGAGGCCUACUGGCGGGCACUCAGCCAGGAAGGCGAGGUGGACUUCUUGUCCUCAGAGGAGGCCCAGUACAUCCAGGCCCAGGCCAAGGAGCCCCCCUGCACUCCAGAGCCCCCUGGAGGGGCUGAGGUAGGCCUCAGGGGACACGACUCAGCCUCCCUGCAGUCAGGUACCUACUUUCCUGUGGCCUCAGAGGGCAGCGAGCCAGCCCUGCUGAACACCUGGGCCUCAGUGGAGAAGCCCUACCUGAAGGAGAAGUCCAGCGCCACUGUGUAUUUGCAGACGGACAAACACAACAACAUCAGAGACCUGGUGCGCCGUUGCAUCACUCGGACCAGCCAGGUCCUGGCCAUCCUGAUGGAUGUGUUCACAGAUGUGGAGAUCUUCUGUGACAUCCUAGAGGCAGCCAACAAGCGUGGGGUGUUCGUCUGUGUGCUCUUGGACCAGGGAGGUGUGAAGCUCUUCCAGGAGAUGUGUGACAAAGUACAGGUCUCUGACCGUCACCUCAAGAACAUUUCCAUCCGGAGUGUGGCAGGAGAGGUGUACUGUGCCAAAUCUGGCAGGAAAUUCUCUGGCCAGAUCCGGGAGAAGUUCAUCAUCUCGGAUUGGAGAUACGUCCUGUCUGGGUCAUACAGCUUCACCUGGCUCUGCGGGCACGCCCACCGGAACAUCCUCUCCAAGUUCACAGGCCAGGCGGUGGAGCUAUUUGAUGAGGAGUUCCGGCACCUCUACGCUUCCUCCGAGCCGGUAAUGGGCCUGAAGUCUCCAAGGCUGGCCACACCCCUCCAGCCCAGAGUGGGCCACAGCCCCCCACAUGGUGGCCCCCUGAGUGACAGUAGCUGCUCGGCCAGCGACCGCACAUCCUCCAACCCCUUCAGCAGCCCAUCGACAGGCAGCAACCCUCAGAAUCAGAGUCUGUCUGUGUCCUCGGGGCCCAGCAGCCCCCUGGCCCCAAACCCACCUGCAGCCCCCAGGUUGCAGCCCUACCACGGCCAGAGCGGAGUCCUCCCAGCACAGGCCGCCUUUCCCGCCAGGCCCCACGACAGCACGCCCGCGCUCUACAGCAACCUCAACGCCUACCGGCCCACGCGACUGCAGCUCGAGCAGCUGGGUUUAGUGCCCAGGCUGACCCACACCUGGAGACCCUUCCUGCAGGCCUCACCGCAUUUCUGA